GCGUCCCGCGGGCGGCUCAGUCGCGGCGGCGGAGGCGGCGCGAGAGGGUCUGCAGCAGCCGCCGGGCGCUCGGGAAGCUGCUGCCGCCGAGACCACCUCGCCCGUGGAGCUUUGAAGGUGGCGGGGUUGGUACAUGGCAGCAGGUACCUCCUCGUGUUGCCGGGGCGGGCUGCAGCCGCUCAGGGCCACCGUCCCCUUCCAGCUGCAGCACCGUCGAGGCGGAGAUGGGGGCCGGGCAGCUAGUGUCCCAUGUGCUGCGGCUGGUCCGGUUGAGAAGGCCUGCCGGAACAGGCCCCCCCGGGUGAGGCGCACUUCCUCCCUAGACACCGUCCUCGGAUCGUACCUCCUGGGCCAAUGGCCUCGGGAUGCGGAAGGAGCUGCCGUAGCGCAUAUGAGUGACAAAUCCACACAGACUCCUGUGUCCUGGCAUGAAGCAGAGGUGGGGAAAGCCGCUGCCCAUAAGCGUUCUGCCUCGUGGAGUAGCGUGGAUCACCGCAGAGAGAUUGCCAAACUGAAGCAGCAGCUCCAGAGAACGAAACUUGGUGCCCGGAAUAGCAAAGAGAAAGACCAGAACUCCCCCGUCCAGGGGGAUCAUAGUGUCCUAUCGCCAGCCAAGGUUUCCCCGCCUGCACCCUUUCCAGCCCCGAUUGCUGCGCCGAUCAGCCCCUGUUUGCACAACAGCCUCGACGGUCUCAAUCAAGAACUGGAAGAAGUGUUUGUAAAAGAGCAAGGAGAUGAGGAACUCCUCAGGAUCCUGGAUGUCCCCGAUGGCCACAGAGCCCCAGCCCCGCUGCCGAGAAGCACCAGAGAAGCCUUACUGCUGCGGGUGGAGCACAGCAGUAGCAGCUGCAGCAGCCUCUCUCUCUCUCCGUCCCCUUCAGCUGCCUUUGGGCGGUCCCCGCACACGCCUGCUCAAGCAGCGACAGAGGAACUUUCCCCCGGUGUGCUGGAAAAGCCGCCAGUGGAGGCUAAGGGAAAAGAAAACGGCAGCACUUCUCCAGUCCUUGCCUUUGCCCUGUCUCCUCGUCCCAACCACACCUAUGUGUUCAAGCGGGAACCUCCGGAGGGCUGUGAGAAAAUCCGGGCUUUUGAGGAAGCUGCGCCUCCAGGCCCUGAUCAGACUUUCCUGCCCUCCUGUCCCGACAAGAACAAAGUUCACUUCAACCCAACUGGCUCUGCCUUUUGUCGAUUCAGCCUGGUGAAGCCUUUUAUUCCCAGUGUGGACUUCCUGUUCAGAGACUUCUCUUCCUCUCCCAGCCCCAUGCCACCGGGCACGUUCUGCCAGCCCACUCACACGGUCCCAAUCCUCAGUUUGCGGAAAGACUCGAGGGGAGACGACUUCAGCGAGAACCCAAAAUCGCCUCCGCUGAGCUUGGAGACUUGGAAGCGGCACCAGGCUGAAGACACCGUCCUCUUCCACAGCUCCCUGGUUGUCUGAAGCUCAGGGAGAGGGGCAGACCCAAAAUGAAUUUGUGGUCCCUCCAUGGCCUGUGGAGAAGAGUGCCUUGGAAUGGAGAGAACAGAGCACUUCUAGGACACAAGUCCUCCAGCAACUGCCUUAAAAAAACGCAGACUGCUACUGGACUUUUCUCCAGCCGCAGUAGUUUUCCCCCUUUUGACUCCUGGUACUUAAAAGCACUUCAUUUCCCUACAAGUUCAUGUCACUGUCCUAUUGCGAUGUCCAAAGAGCACCUCAUCCUCUCUGAUGGAAUAUACACACUAUAAGCUACCGGGUUUUUCCUCCUCUUGUUUGCUUGCUGGGUGAGGCAAGAGCUCAUGUAUGUUUUGUUUUGUUUUUAAUUAUCCUAAGGAUGUGUCUCAGGCUUUCCGCCGACUAGGGAGGAUGAAAGGGUUUACAUGUAUCCAGAGGAACUGGUGUACGCUGCUCUAGCAGAUGGCUGCUGGGCAAGAGUUGUGCUGGGCAAUCUGUUUCCAGGGAAUGAGACAUCCAGAGAUUAUUUUGCAUCCUGCCCUGCACUCUAUGGGACUAGCAUUACUGGAACACAGCUAAAUGCUUGAAAGAAGCAUUUUCUCUUCCAAUCAUGCUGUAACAGUUAGAAGUUGAACUGACAGAAAUUCAGCUUGUGUGCCUUUAUUGAGGUCUUACUCCCUUCCCUUAUGGAGUAAGAAUAAGGGAAUGUUCUCUCUCUCCCCCCCCCCCCCCUUCACACACUCCCCAGACAUCUUUUCCAGUGGACCUCUUGAGGAGAUUUCUUGCAACAGUUCUGGCAAAGGAAACUGAUGCUGAAGCCAGAACAAUGUCUAAAGUUCCCUGGUGGAAUGCAGCUCUUAGCAUAUCAAAUCCACUUCCUUCCUUUUUUUAAUUGUAAUGAUUUGGCCAGUCCAGUUAGGUCUGACACUACUACAAUUCUGGCUGAUGAGUCGGGGAUCUGCUCAGCUUUAACCCUACUUUUUAAUGCACAGAGCACUCCAAAGACCCCAUGGUUCACUUAAACUUACCAUACAUUUUAGGCCACCCACAUCCCCACCCCCCACAGCACAACUGUGAAAGGCCUUAAACCUGGUGAUGCCUUGAUUGCAAAGUAUUAGAAAUGAAAGCGACUCGUCUUGUUGCUAAGCCUCUGGAUUGCAUUGAAAAGUUUUUCUUGAACCUGAGAUGGAAACUAUAUUUUCUAUUUGAAAACAGUAUUUUUGCAGCUACUUUUGAAGUUUUGUAAAUUUUAAUGUAUCACAAAAGCUUAAGGAAGAAUGUUCGCCUUGGAGGAUCACUGCCUUGUCUUUUGAGAGGCUUUUGCAGAUUUUGGUGUUUAAACCAAUUUAAAAAAUAAAAUUGUUGGGUAUCUAAAGUAUCUGUACUGUGCCUUGUCUGAGAAGUAGAGAUUGGUCAGUGGGAUUGGAUGGAGUGUUGGACACACUUGCAGCUCUAUAAAAAGAGUAAGAAAUCUACAGAUGGAUAACAUAUUCUUGGGUUGGUAUGUGCUUGUUAUCCCAUCAGUUAAACCUAUUAACUAAUCUCUAGUGAAAGAAAAUAAAAAAAUCCUUCCAGUAGAACCUUAGAGACCACAUGCAUGCACACGAAAGCUCAAACCAAUGACAAACUUAGUUGGCCUCUAAGGUGCUACUGGGAGGGAUGCAGGUGGUGCUGUGGGUUGGUUAAACCACCGAGUCUAGGGCUUGUCGAUCAGAAGUUCAGUGGUUCGAAUCCCCACAACGGGAUGAGCUCCUGGCGGCUUAGUCAUGCUGGCCACAUGACCCAGAAGCUGUAUGCUGUCCCUUUACCUUUAAGGUGCUACUGGAAGGAUUUUUUUUUAUUUUGGUUCGACUACGGCAGACCAACACUGCUACCUACCUGUAACCAGAUCUAGUGAAAGAGUUUGGCUUAAACUGGGAAUAAUAUACUUUAGGAGGCUGUGGAUUUCAGUGAAUUACAGGCUUUAAGUAUACACCACCUUUCCUGAUGAUGUCAAGACCAUCCUAAUGAGCUCAGAGACUGGUAACAAUGCAUGUUAAACAUAGAGGAGCAGAAGAGCCAAAACAUUUUUUUCCCAGGAGGCUGUGGACUUUGGCUGAUGGGAGGUUUGUGACUGCCACAUCAUUUUUCCCAUGUCACAUCAAGGCCAUCCCAAUGAGUUCAGAGACGAGUAACAGUAGUAGAUGGCAACAAUGGCUGCAUAGCAUGCUGAACUUGGAGAAGCAGAGGAGAGACAUUUGGGAGCCAGGUAACUUCUAUAAAGACGUGUUCAACUGAGACAGCAUAUAAGCUUCAAAGGGAGUCACCACGACCACUGAAGUUUUUGUUCAGGAUUUUUAUGAUCAAGGGGCAUAUCAGUUUUCUUAAGCAAAACAGGCCACUUUGGGUCGUAAAAGGCAGGGUUUAAUCAGGGUAACUUCCCUAAAAGGGAUUUAAUUUGCUAGGUUUAUUGAGCCAUUAAACAUUAGAAAAUCAGAAGCAGCGGUUAGGAAGGCGCAUGGUCAGCUCCCAGCUCAACCAAAAGCCCAGGAGGACGGGGGUAAUUUUAGGUUAAGAUGAAGGCUAGCCAGUAUGAAAAACCAGCUUGUGUGUCUUGUGCAUAAAAUUGAAGGCGCCAUACCAGAGGGGACUGGAAGUGGCAUCCCGCCAGGACUCUGCACUUAGUAUCUGUGCAGGCGCUGCUUCGUUUAUUCCUCCUCAAUCAUAAUUAUGUGGGGGUGGGAGAAAGAAGGAAGGCGGUAAAUAAGUGCAAUGAGUAAUUUACUGCAGCAGCAAACGCGUGUCCUUUAGGGAGCCCUGACACGUGUAUCCCGCAUCCUCGCGUUACCGUGCCGCCUAGCCGCUGCCCCCCGCGGCUCCGCCCUCUCCCAGAACCAGCAAUAAGGCUCCGACACGAGGCGAAAGACCUUCCCCGCGAGCUCCGCCUCCCGAACCAUCGCGACGAGCCACAUUUGACGACGUCUAAUCCUGCCGCCCGCUUCCUUCUAGGCCCCGCCGAGGUGCUGUCCUCAGCGGCGCCUGAAGAGGCGCGUAACAAGCACGGAGAAAACAACGUGGGCGCUCCGGAACAGCGGCAGAGAAGACCCCUCCAAGCGAACCCGCGCGCGGCUCGGCCGACCUUCGUUCAAACGGCGUCCUCCUCGUCGUCGUCAGGCGCCGCGGAGG